AUGAAGCCUUCAGUCCUCAAGGUGGCCCGGGGGUCACCGUCCUGGGAAGGCUGCUCGCCCGGGCCCCAUCCCACCUCGCCCAGCCUGGCAGUGCCCCCUGGCAGUCCCAGGUCUCGCAAACCAAAGAAGAAGAACCCCAACAAAGAGGACAAGAGGCCGCGCACGGCCUUCACGGCCGAGCAGCUGCAGAGGCUCAAGGCCGAGUUCCAGACCAACAGGUACCUGACGGAGCAGCGACGCCAGAGCCUGGCGCAGGAGCUCAGCCUCAACGAGUCGCAGAUCAAGAUUUGGUUCCAGAACAAGCGCGCCAAGAUCAAGAAGGCCACGGGCAACAAGAACACGCUGGCCGUGCACCUCAUGGCACAGGGCCUGUACAACCACUCGACCACGGCCAAGGAGGGCAAGUCGGACAGCGAGUAG